UGCAGUUCGUGAUUUCUUGCGCCCGCUCGAUUAUUCCUCCUUUGGAUUAAUUCACUUGAACAGACUCUUCAUUAAUUAUCCGUCCGACUUCGUGAAUAUCAAGGACCCGACAGCACCGAUGCUUUAAUAAAAAGCCCCGACUCAUCGGAAUGGAUCCCUCGAGGAUGUGGCGAACGGCGUUGAUCGCCCUUAUUUCGCUGGCCACGAGCUCGACGGCCAUCGUCCUGCCCCACGACGUUUACCCCGGCUUCAAAGUGACCCAGUUCCAUGGAGGAGGCUGUUCCAACUUCCGGCUUCUGGAGACCGGCUUCUCGAAGUACUUCACCCUCCUGGAGGACGGCGUCCUGAUGACGACGUCCGAUCUGACCCCUUUAAUCGACAAGCCCGUCAACCUCAUCGUCCUGGAAGAGCUGGCGAACACCACCCGGACCCACGACAUCAAGCUCUACGUCAUCAACCGGCGUAGCAUGCUGACAUUUUCCCAUGCCCAUCUGGGGGAGGGGGAGGUGCCCGAAAAUGCUCCUGCUGGGACCGUCGUUGAAGGGUUUCCCGUUCUUCACGUGCGAGGAAACUUCCCGGUCCACUAUUCGAUCGCUACGGAGCCCACCGAAGAGCGAGUCUUCGCGCUCAAGGAGUUUUCCACCCAGAGGAUGGGAUUUAAUCUCACCUUAAAGAACCAUAGAGAGAUCGUGAGGGUGGUCACGGCUAGGCCACUGGAUAGGGAGCUGAAGGACUCCUACGUCGUGGUGGUUCACGCCACCGAUGGGGAUUUCAUUAGCGAGUCGAAGAUCUCUGGACUGGUGCAUAUUUUAGACGAGAACGACAACGAGCCGAUUUUCGAGAAAGAGGAGUACGAAUUCGAGAUUAGGCCUCUGGUACCAGGUCCCGAGGUUCCCAAGGACGCGCCUCCCCAGUGGAAGAUGUUCUCCGCGAUAGGCAAGGUUGUGGCAAAGGAUUUGGACGGGGACAAGGUCUCCUACAGCCUAGUCACUCCCAGCAAUAUGGUGAUCGUGGUGCCUCAAACUGGAGAGCUCCUCUUGGUUGGCGAACCUGACCUUGAUCUUGCCGAAGACACCGAGUACGAGGUCGCGGUGGAGGCCCACGACCUUAGGUUGUCCAGCAGAACUAGUCCUAAACCUGCCAGGGUUCUCUUCAGGUUCCUCACCUCUCAGAUCGAGGAAGUUCCAGAGGUCCACAGGAUCGAGAAGAGGCGAGUCACCAGAGCGGUGAGGCCUACCAAGAAGGUCGACUUUACGGAAGCCGAGGGUGACACCGAGGGCAAGAUCGUCUUCAACCUCGAAAAGGACUCCCCUACGGAGACCUACAAAAUCAGGGACGAAAACGAAUGGGUCACUGUUCUGACGAAUGGGUCCGUCAAAGUCGCCAAAAAGUGGGACUACGAGGAACUCGGCCCGGAGAAGACUAUCGAUUUCUGGGUCAUCAUCACUAACGUGGGGCAAGGGAUUCAGUAUACCGACAAUCAACGUGUCAUAAUCAACGUCAAAGACGUGAACGAUGAACAGCCAUACUUCAUCAAUCGGCCGCUGCCCAUGCAAGCAGUGGUUCAGCUGAACGCACCGCCGAACACUCACGUGUUCACUCUUCAAGCAAGAGAUCCUGACACGGACCACAACAUACACUACUACAUAAUUCGCGAUCGAACCGGGGGUCGCUUCGAGGUUGACGAAAGAUCUGGGGUGGUUCGAACGCGCGGUACCGAGCUUUUCCAAUUGGAUAUGGAGUACGUACUGUACGUCAAGGCAGAGGACCAAAAUGGCCGCAUCGACGAGAGGCGUUACCAAUCGACCCCGGAAGAGAGGCUCUCCAUUGUUGGCGGCAAACGUGCGCCGCAAUUCUAUUUGACGGCUUACGAGGCUGAAAUCCCGGAAAACCAGAAAAAGGACUCAGACAUCAUAUCAGUAAAAGCGAAGUCGUUCGCAGAUCGGGAGAUUCGGUACACCCUGAAAGCUCAAGGCCAAGGUGCCGCUGGUACCUUCAAUAUUGGUUCCACUUCCGGUAUCGUAAAACUGGCCAAAGAACUUGAUUUCGAGGACCUCCGACAACCGCAUAUUUAUUCGUUGAUGGUGACUGCCACGGAGGACUCCGGAGGAUUUUCAACAUCGGUUGAGUUGACGAUCAAGGUGUCAGACGUGAACGACAAUGCACCGAAAUUUGAACUCCCGGAUUAUCAAGCUCACAACGUGGACGAGGACAUUGCUCUUGGUACCAGUAUCCUUAAGGUCAAGGCCACUGAUGCCGAUUCCGGGGCAAAUGCAGAAAUUGAAUAUCUCGUCUCCGACGAUCACUUCAGCGUGGACUCUAACGGCAUCAUAGUUAACAACAAACAAUUGGAUGCCGACAACAACAACGCCUAUUAUGAAUUCGAUGUCACUGCCAAGGAUAAAGGUGUACCUUCGAAGACCGGCACAGCCACGGUUCGGAUAUACACGAAGAAUAAAAACGACGAAGAACCGAAGUUUUCGCAGCAAGUGUACACCCCCAAUGUGGACGAAAACGCUGGACCAAACACUCUGGUGACUACUGUUGUCGCGUCUGACAAAGACGGUGACAACGUCCGUUUCGGGUUCGUUGGGGGUAACACCUCUUCGGGGCAGUUUGUCAUCGAAGAGAUCACCGGAGUGAUACGAUUGCACAACAAAAACAUAUCAUUGGACCGUGAUAAAUACGAACUCAAUGUAACUGCCAUGGACGACGGGGCUUGUUGUCCGAAAGGCACCGAGACAAUUCACACCAGCACCGCCGUGGUGGUGGUUUUCAUUACCGACGUCAACGACAACAAGCCUGUCUUCAAGGAAUGCGGCACUUACAAUCCUAAAGUCGAGGAGAGCGCUGCGAAUGGAAGCCCUGUUAUCAAGGUCCAGGCUACUGACGAUGACAAAGGCGUGAAUGGUCAAGUCAAGUACUCCAUUGUCCAGCAGCCUAACCAGAAGGGUACCAAGUUCACCGUGGAUGAGGAAACUGGUCAAGUGUCGACGAACAAGGUGUUCGAUCGAGAAGGCGACGACGGAAAGUUCGUCUCCGUCACCGUCAAAGCUACGGACCAGGGUGAACCCUCUCUCGAAGGUGUCUGCUCGUUCACCGUCGAGAUCACCGACGUCAACGACAAUCCUCCUUUGUUCGAUCGCCAGAAAUACGUGGAGAACGUGAAGCAAGACGCGAGCAUAGGUACCAACAUAUUAAGGGUAUCGGCAUCCGACGAGGAUGCUGAUUACAAUGGUGCUAUUACGUAUUCCCUGAGUGCGACGGACGACAACGCGACUUUGGAGUACUUCGAGAUCCAGCAGGAGUCAGGCUGGAUUGUUUUAAAGAAGGCCCUAGACGGCUGUUUUCCACGAGACGGGUUUCGCCUGACAGUACGGGCCUCCGACAGAGGGACACCACCCUUGUCCGCAGACGUGGACGUUGAGUUAGUCGUCGUAGACAGAAACAAUAAACCACCUGUGUGGAAUGGGAAUGUAUACAGCCCCAUUCACAUCAAAGAAAAUGUCACAGUGGGUACUGUAGUGACGACGGUGAAAGCCAGCUCCGGGAUUGAGAACAAUCCGACGGUCUUUUACCAUCUCAUGCCUGGAUCCACCGCCCAGACCAAUAAGUUCAACACCUUCUAUCUACAACAGAGGUCUGAAAACUCUGCCACCUGGGCAGACAUCAAGGUCAAUCAUCAGCUCGAUUAUGAGAGCAUCAAGGAGUACAAUCUCACUAUACGAGUGGAGAAUAAUGGCGCCCAACAGCUGGCCUCGGAGGCGACGGUCCACAUCAUGCUGGAAGACGUUAACGAUGAAAUACCUUUGUUUACCGAGCGGGAACAAGAGACUGUACUCGAAGGUGAACCGGUCGGUAGUAAAGUCACUCAAGUGAACGCCGUGGAUAAGGAUGGGACGUCUCCAAAUAAUCAGGUGACUUACUACGUGGUGAACAGCGAUCGAAACGAGGGGAAGGAGUUCUUCGAGAUCAAUCAAGAGACCGGGGAGGUAACUACAAAAGUGGUGUUCGAUCGCGAGAGGCAAGGAGCUUAUGCCUUGGAAGUCGAGGCCAGAGACGGCGCGCCUUCGGCCCGGCCAAAUAGCAACGGCCAGCCCAAUUCAGUUACAAAAUUCAUCCGCAUCGGGAUCGCCGACAAAAACGAUAAUCCGCCUUAUUUUGAUAAGAGCCUCUACGAGGCCGAGGUAGACGAAAAUGAGGACAUUCAGCACACAGUACUCACUGUCACCGCCAAGGAUCACGACGAGUCCUCGCGUAUUCGAUACGAGAUUACGAGCGGUAACCUAGGCGGUGCGUUUGCCGUAAAAAAUAUGACGGGGGCCAUUUACGUCGCAGGGCCGCUGGAUUACGAGACUAGGAAGAGGUACGAGCUGCGACUUACAGCCUCCGACAACUUGAAGGAAAAUUACACGACGGUGGUGAUCCACGUCAAGGAUGUCAACGACAAUCCCCCGGUCUUCGAACGUCCGACUUACAGGACUCAAAUCACUGAGGAGGAUGACAGAAACUUGCCGAAACGAAUCCUACAGGUCGUUGCCUCCGAUGGGGACAAGGAUAGACCCCAGGACGUGGUCUACUUCUUGACAGGACAGGGAAUUGACCCUGAUAAUCCUGCGAAUAGCAAAUUCGAUAUAAAUCGAACUUCCGGAGAGAUUUAUGUCUUGAAGCCCUUGGAUCGAGAUCAGCCUAAUGGAAGGGCUCAAUGGAGGUUCACAGUGUUUGCUCAAGACGAAGGUGGAGACGGGCUUGUGGGCUAUGCCGAUGUACAAGUGAACUUGAAAGACAUUAACGACAAUGCUCCGAUAUUCCCUCAGGGUGUAUAUUUCGGCAACGUCACCGAAAACGGGACCGCAGGAAUGGUGGUCAUGACGAUGACCGCGGUGGAUUAUGACGAUCCCAGCGAGAGCACGAACGCGAAGUUGGUUUAUUCGAUCGAGAAGAACGUGAUCGAGGAGGACACCGGUUCCCCGAUUUUCGAAAUCGAAUCCGAAACUGGGGUGAUAAAAACGGCGGUUUGCUGUCUAGACAGAGAACGUACACCGGAUUAUUCGAUACAAGUCGUCGCGAUGGAUGGCGGGGGGUUGAAAGGGACUGGGACAGCGUCGAUACGAGUGAAAGACAUAAACGACAUGCCGCCCCAGUUCACAAAAGACGAAUGGUUGACAGAAGUCGACGAGACCGACGAUGGAUCGAAUCUGCCGGAAAUGCCCAUCCUCACUGUCACGGUCCACGAUGAGGAUGAGACCAAUAAAUUCCAGUACAAGGUUAUAGAGAACAGUGGAUACGGUGCUGACAAGUUCACCAUGGUCCGAAACAACGAUGGUACUGGGUCUCUAAAAAUUGUUCAACGACUGGACUACGAGGACCAGCUACAGAGCAACGGGUUUCGCUUUAGGAUACAAGUCAACGAUAAGGGUGAAGAUAACGACAACGACAAAUAUCACGUAGCCUAUUCGUGGGUGGUAGUGAGACUUCGUGAUAUCAACGACAACAAACCUCAAUUCGCCAGAGCCAAUAUUGAGGCAGUUGUCCAGGAAGAUGCGAGGAUCGGGAUGAACCUCGAGACUUUUAAUGCCACAGAUCCGGACCAGGGUGGUAAAAGUAAAGUGUCCUAUUCAAUCGAUCGCAGUUCCGACCGUAAAAGGCAGUUUUUCAUCAACGAGAAUGGUACCGUAUCAAUCCAGAGGAGUCUCGACCGAGAAGAAACGCCGAGACAUCAGGUCAAAAUUCUGGCAAUCGACGACGGUAUACCACCGAAGACUGCGACUGCGACCCUCACUGUAAUUGUGCAAGAUAUCAAUGACAAUCCACCUAGGUUUAUCAAAGAUUACAGACCGGUUCUUCAGGAAUACGUUCAGCCACGAAGAGUAGUAGAAAUUUUGGCCACGGAUGAUGACGAUAGAUCUAGAAGCAAUGGCCCUCCGUUUACCUUCAGAAUGGACCCAAAUGCGGAUGAUGUUAUCAAGGCUAGCUUCAAGGUCGAGAGUGACAGUAAGGGUGCCAAUGGUGACGGAAUGGCAAUUGUGUCUUCUCUGAGGUCAUUUGAUAGAGAACAGCAGAAGGAAUACCUUAUCCCGAUCGUGAUAAAGGAUGCCGGGACUACUCCUAUGUCUGGAACCAGCACCUUGACAGUUGUCAUAGGAGACGUUAACGAUAAUAAAAUGCAACCUGGAUCGAAAGAUAUAUUUGUAUAUAAUUACGCAGGUCAAUCACCGGAUACAGAAAUAGGGCGGGUUUACGUCUACGAUCUGGAUGACUGGGACUUGCCCGAUAAAAAAUUCUAUUGGGAAGGUUUAGAACAUACUCAAUUUAAGCUACACGAGGACACAGGGAUGAUAUCCAUGAAAUCUGGGACACAUGAUGGGAGAUAUCACCUGCGGUUUAAGGUCUACGAUAGAAAGCAUACUCAGACAGACGUAAGGGCUAAUGUCACUGUCACUAUCAAGAGUAUACCUUACGAAGCAGUCCUCAAUUCCGGGUCCGUCAGGAUAUCUGGAAUCACGGAUGAGGACUUUAUUCGCGUUUGGGAUUACAGAACGCUGUCUAUAUCGAGAAGCAAAGCAGAUUUGUUUAGAGACAAACUAGCCAAGCUGCUCAACAUCGAAAGGGAAAAUGUAGAUGUAUUUAGUGUACAGUUACGUAAAAAACAUCCUCCUUUAACCGAUAUAAGAUUUGCUGCUCAUGGAUCACCUUAUUACAAACCAGUUAGACUCAAUGGAAUCGUGUUGAUGCAUCGAGAAGACAUUGAAAAGGAUGUUGGCAUUAAUAUCACUAUGGUUGGAAUUGACGAGUGCUUAUACGAAAACGAGAUCUGCGAAGGCAGUUGCACCAACACUUUGGACAUCAGUAGUCUUCCUUACAUGGUUAAUGCUAAUAAAACUGCUCUGGUAGGAGUCAGAGUAGACGUAAUAGCGGAAUGUACCUGCGGAGCAAGGAACUUCACGAAAAGUGAAUCUUGCAGAAGUAGUCCUUGUUAUAAUGGGGGAAGAUGCAUCGAAGGGCGGUUUGGAUUAUCAUGCCAAUGUCCAGCUGGAUAUAACGGUCCGAGGUGUCAACAGACAACAAGAGGUUUUAGAGGAAAUGGUUGGGCUUGGUAUCCGGCACUAGAAAUGUGCGAUGAAAGCCACUUAAGCUUCGAAUUUAUCACUAGAAAAGCCGAUGGAUUAUUGCUGUAUAACGGUCCCAUCGUGCCCCCUGAACCUGACGAGAUUAUGGUUUCUGAUUUCAUAGUGAUUGAGCUGGAUCAUGGACGUCCCAGAUUGUUGAUAGACUUUGGUUCGGGAACUUUGGAACUUAGAGUGCCAACUAAUAACACAUUAGACGACGGCCAAUGGCACAGGCUCGACAUCUUUUGGAACACCGAGACGGUGAAGCUGAUCGUCGACUUCUGCAAAGCGGCGAACGUUACCGAGUCCGAGGACGGAUCUCCCCCGAAAUUCAACGACACCAUUUGCCUGGCCCAGGGCACAAUUCCGCCAUUUAACGAGUACCUGAACGUGAACGCACCUCUGCAGAUCGGAGGUCUCUACGCCGAGCAAUUCGACCCUGACCACUACAAGUGGAAGUACAUGCCGAUCGGCAAGGGAUUCGAAGGCUGCAUCAAGAACCUCUUCCACAACAGCAAACUGUACGAUCUGGCCCAUCCAGGUCUCUCCAGAAACAGUGUGGCGGGUUGUCCACAGACAGAGGAGAUUUGCAACAAUCAAGAGUCCACAUUUAGGUGCUGGGAACAUGGAACCUGCGUUGGCAGUUUCACCGAGGCCAGAUGUCAGUGUAAUCCUGGCUGGACAGGACCUGGAUGUAUGACGCAAACGGUACCGACUACCUUCAAGGUCCAAAGCUACAUCAAGUAUGCACUUUCCUUCGAACCUGAUGCGUACACCACCCAGAUUCAACUUAGGUUCAGGACCAGAGAAGCACGCGGUGAACUCUUCAGGGUCAGCGACCAGCACAAUAGGGAGUACGCGGUUCUGGAGAUCAAGGAAAGCAGGUUGCACUUCAGGUACAACCUGAACAGCUUGAGGACCGAGGAACGUGACAUUUGGUUGACAGCGAUAGCUAUUGACGACGGUCAAUGGCACACUGUGAGAGUUUCGAGGUACGGAUCGUCCGCGACUCUGGAACUCGAUGGUGGUGAAGGCAGAAGGUUCAACGAGACCUUCUCCUUUGAAGGCCACCAAUGUUUAAAGGUGGACAAAGGUGAAGGUGUCUACGCGGGUGGGAAGGCAGAGUACACCGGAGUUCGCACCUACGAGGUUGAUACGGACUAUCAUCAAGGUUGCCUUGAUGACAUAAGGUUGGAAGGAAAACAUCUUCCUCUUCCACCUGCCAUGAAUGGCACUCAAUGGGGACAGGCCACCAUGGCGAGAAACCUUGAAAGAAAUUGUCCAUCAAACAAGCCGUGCGCCAAUGUUAUCUGUUCUGAUCCCUUCGAGUGCAUCGAUCUCUGGAAUAUGUAUGACUGCACGUGUGGAGAAGGAAGGAUACCUUCACCUGAUAAUAAGGGUUGCAUGGAUAAGAACGAAUGUAUCGACUAUCCUUGCCUGAAUGGAGGAAGAUGCAUAAAUCAAGAUCCCAGAUUCCGGUACAGGUGUAUUUGCCCUGACGGAUUCUGGGGAGAAAACUGCGAAUUGGUGCAAGAGGGACAAACCUUGAAACUCAGCAUGGGAGCCCUGGCUGCCAUUUUGGUUUGCCUCUUGAUUAUUCUUGUACUUGUUCUGGUAUUCGUGGUGUACAACAGAAGGAGGGAAUCUCAUAUUAAGUACCCUGGCCCUGACGACGACGUGAGAGAGAAUAUCAUAAAUUAUGAUGACGAAGGUGGCGGGGAAGACGAUAUGACAGCUUUCGACAUCACACCUCUUCAAAUUCCUAUCGGUGGACCUAUUCCGGAAUUAGGGGGGAAAUUGCCACCGUGCAAAAUAGCUUAUCCACUGGGUCCGGAGCCGAAUAUGGGUAUUUUCAUUGAAGACCACAAAAAAAGGGCGGACAGUGAUCCAAAUGCACCACCUUUUGAUGAUCUUCGAAACUAUGCGUACGAGGGUGGCGGAAGUACCGCGGGUUCGCUGUCUUCCCUGGCUUCCGGGACGGACGACGAGCAACACGAGUACGAGUACCUAGGAGCCUGGGGUCCCAGAUUCGACAAAUUAGCCGACAUGUACGGUCCCACCGAGGAGAGCGAGGAGGAGGAUUAAAGUUCUAAGGAACGCAAUGCAGACCGACGAAGAAGCCAGGACCUCGAAGAUGAUCCUGCGUGGUCCUCGAAUCUACGUGGCCGCAGGAUAUUUGUGUCCAUGGAAAGAAAUCGAGCCUACUCGACUACUCGAGAUACGCGUAAACGUGCGAGCAACGACAGAAACGGGGGUCAAACGCGGGUUCCGGGAUUCGAUGACUCCACCCGCGCCUUUCCUCCCCCGAACGGGGGAACCCUCUCCACGUAAACUUGUCAAAGACUUUCGAGAACCGCACCUUCACCUACGCAUCCGCCAUGUUUGCACUCCGAGUGAAGAAUUACGGACCUCCAAAUAAUUGAGUUAACGAGCGUUACCUAGGACGAGGGUCGAAUGGUCUCAAGUUUGGUGCACCGAUGGCCCGCCCUGUGGCCAGGGGAGGAGAAAAGAAAGAAAAGUGCGAACUAUGCAAUAAUUUUAAACAAGUCAUACCGUAAUAUACGUUAAAGGGAAGAAUUAAGCCAGAGAUCCAGAAAACGCAUACCUAUUUGUAUAGUACGUUACGCGUAUACGUAGUCAUCCCUCACACAUGUGUACGUGGCAUGAAAGUUUUUCUAUGGAUCGGUUUAUUUAUUUAUUCGCCGCCCGGGGGGGCCAAAGCCUCGCCGGCCGAAUUAACGUUAGAGACAUUAUUGAUAAUUAAUUAUUAACGAUUACCGAUAUUAUUGUAUAAGUAGAACCGCCACACACCGUCAUCGUCACCCCCGUCGAUACGGUCGUCGUUUGCGUUGCCGUUGAGGAGGUCGCGAAUCCGCUUCUCUCAACUCUUACCUCGUGCGCCGCUCCUCUCCUCGAUAUGCAGAUAUGAGAUAGAAAUACGCGUAUUUUUAUACGCUGACAUAGUAUAUCCAGUUGACUGUUAACGCACGUUAUCUACCGGUUUAAAGUAAGUUUUAAAAUUAGCGAUAUCGCGGCGGACGAGGUACGAUCGGGAACCCCCUUAGAGCGCUCGCGCUGCAGGGGUUUGCCGUACCGGCAGUUUACGAAAUCGCAGUUUCCCACUUUGUUCGAUUAUCGAUGAACGGAAAUUCCAUGAAUUUACUCAUCUGCUACGCUAGAUUGGGCAGGCAAGAAAUCAUCGAUAUUAAAAUAAAUCUGUUAUAAUUUAAACGCAUCCUACAUCCGAACGAUCGUGACGCCACGUUAUAAGUGCAAGCAGGAGUAUA